AGGCAUCCACUGAGGACAGCAGAGCUUCAGUGUCGCCAUAGCAACACUGUAUGGCAACAUGACGCUAUCAGUGAUCUCCAGGAAGUAGCAGUUUAACGCAGGAAAAAUGGACGAUGGGCUGCAGCUUGGAGAAAGCGGCGUGAAAAAGAAUGCGGCUAAAUCGGGCCGAAGAGCUCGGCAGGCGGCCGAACAACUUCCAUCUGAUGAAUCCCGACACUUAAAGAAAACGUCUUCGUCUACUUCCAUGGGCGAGGGACCCCCGCCGAAACCGCCCCGGCGGCAGGGAGGAUGGGCGGAGGAGACCCCCGGGCCCGGCUCCGCCAAGUCCGGGAGAAGGAGAUCCGUGGAGGAGCUGGAGGACAGACGCCUGCGACCGCAAACCCCCCAGGGCUCCGAUGAUGAAGGAGAUAUCCCAGUGAUCCCAGACUUGGACGAGGUGCAGGAGGAGGACCUCUCCAUGCAGGUCGCUGCCCCUCCCAGCAUACAGGUGAACCGAGUGAUGACCUACAGAGACCUGGACAAUGACCUGAUGAAGUACUCAGCCUUCCAGACACUGGACGGCGAGAUCGACUUGAAGCUCCUCACCAAGGUUUUGGCGCCGGAGCACGAAGUCAGGGAGGAGGACGUGGGCUGGGACUGGGGUCAUCUGUUCACCGAGGUGUCCUCGGAGCUGCUGACGGAAUGGGAUCAAGGAGAGAAGGAGGACCCGCAGCCUCUGCCUGCGCUGUGAGGACCCCGCGUCACCCGAGGACGGGCGUCCUCGGCGUGCCUGUCGGGAGUCGACAGGGAUCCACCGCGUACUGCUGACGUCUCCGGAUUCCGGUGCCCGUGUUUAUAUUGCAGCACAUGCAAAGUGUAUUAUAAUGGUAUGCCUGAGUGUCGUGUAAUGUACGUGUUUUUUGUAAUAAAAGAAAAAAUAACGACCUUAAA